AUGGAGAAGGCGGAGUCUGAUCACCUGCUGCGGAGACCCCGCGGUCGCCCGAACAGACGCGGCUCCAGGGACGACCUUGACGUGUCGGUGGUGUUCCCGGGCCGGGUGACCAGAGAGAGCUGCUGCCGCUUCACCUGCGAGCUUCUGAAACACAUCCUGCACCAGAGACACCAACUGCCCCUCCCCUACGAGGAGCUACUCCGCUUCUGCCAGAGGCAACAGUCCAGGGAGGGAGAAGUCAUCAGGAGACCAACGAAGGGAGAAGUAUCGGAUUCCCGCCAGUGUCAGCGUUCUAUGUCAGACUUGGAGGAGCUGCUGGCCCAGCUGGAGACCUUCUUUAUCCUGACGGCAGUUCCUCGGGUCCUCCUGCUGUUGGGAGGAUCUGUAGUGAGCCCCAAGGAGAUGUAUGUGAUAGACAUGGAGGGUGUACAGGUGGGCAAUGGAGAGGAGAGCCUGAGCACGCGGCCUUGUCUCCGGCAGCUUUUCCACACCAUCUUCCUGGCUGACCCGUUCAGUGAUCUCCGCUCCACCACCCUCAUGAGCGUGGUCAUACUGGUGCAGGGACACAGGGACUGCGGCACAGAGUGGUUCCGGCCUAAACUAAACUACAAAGUGCCUAUUCGGGGCCACACACUGACAGUCAGAAUGUCCUGCGGUGCAUCAGAGACCCCCGACGCCUAUAGCAAUGAGGAGUAUAUCUGGUUCCAGGCACCCAUCACACUGAAAGGAUUCCACAACUGA